AUGUACCUCCUGUUAGCGGUACAGCUGGUGGACACUGACCAAAACAUCGGACCUCGGACGGUACGUACAGUACAUCUGCUGUCAACGGGUACAUCUGCCUCCCGUCGCUGCAUGUAUCUUUUAGUGCGUUCGAAAGGAUAUAUCAAAUGCGCAGAACCAUCGCGAGUAGCUUCAAUGACAUUGUCAUCCUGCCGUACGGUGCCCGGGGUCUUACAUGGACGUACCUUUGCCGACCGGAGGACCCUAGGCUUGAUCUACUCUAUGCAUGUAGCCUUGCACGCAUCUCAUCGUUCACGGGUUUGA